AUGACUGCAGUACUUAGAAGUAUCGAAUACCUGGAAUUUACAGUGCCUGACAAGUGCAAUACUCAUGUUUACUUUAAGAAAGUUGAAGCCAAAUUUUUGGCAGUUGAAACAUUAUUUAACAUUAAAAAAAUUCCAUCUUCUAUAACUUCAUUUUGCAAAUAUUUGCUUGGUACUUGUGAAACCUUUGAAGGUUCCACCAUAAGACUACUUGAUUCAACAAUAUUCUUGGAACAUAAAUUUUCAGAAUUCUUACAAAACAUAUCAGGAGUGAAAGAUAAUGAAGAAAUUUUGCCUAAAAUAUCAAAUGAAAAACAAACAAUGGAGGACAAUGAAGAAGCUUUGUCUAACAAAAACAAAUUCGACAUGAUGAACAUAAAAGAUUGGAUAAUAGAUGAGGCAAAGUUGUCUAAUAGUAAUUUAUUUCUUAGUCUAGUGAAAACAGUUCGACAUCUACCUAUCGAUUUGGAAGUGUCAUUAGGGUGUGGUCUGGGUAGAGCGGUUAAUAAUGAGUUGGUAAAAUGA